AUGUCCUUGGAAGCGACCGAUAAACGCGUUUCCAGUGGUGCGUCUUCUAGCAUCUACAGCCGGUCGCCUGAUUCACCAAAAGGAUUCUUUAGAAAGGACCUCGUUCAUCUUCCUGCCGGACACGACUUACCAGAAAUAAAUUCAUUGGACCACCAGAUAGCCUUGGUCCGAGGCUCUACUAUGGCUUUAGAGACUACCCGCACACGUCUGCAAGAAUCAAAAGCCAGGCGCAGACUGUCGCUGCCAGAAUUACGACAGGAAAAGCUGCGACAAUGGGGGCAACACGAAAGCGAAAACCAAUUCUACCGGCCCUGUCUCAAUAUCUUUCAUGAUCUAUCUACAGCUGUCACUGAUAUUUCGGAAGACCUGACACUACAAUAUCAUUUUGAGCCGGAGGUCAGUCCUGUGGGUAAUGCACGAGUGUUGCAGGCAAGUAAAGCUUUGCGCGAGGCUUUAGAAAACUCUAGGGUACAGGAAGCACGAGCAGAGCGAGUUUGGAAAUGUCAGUGGAAUGUCCCACGGAUAUGGAAUCCUACCACGCGGUGGAUUUAA